AUGCCUUCCCCCACGUCACGCCCAUCUGACUCCAAGCCAUCCGAUCCAAAGCCAUCCAGCUUUAGGUCACCCAAUGGCAAACCACCCAUCUCCAAGCAUUCUUGGAACUCCAAACAAGAACACAACCCUACAUUUGAGCAGGAUCGCGAAAGCUUCUACAAAUCCCUAAUGCAUCGAAGCCGCCUCAUCAACCGUGAACCAGAGAAGUACAUGGAAAUUGCACAAUACCUAACCAAAGUAGCACGAGAGUUUGACAAGAUAAAACAACUCGCAGAUAUUUCUCAAGGAAACGGACGAGACGUCCCUCUCUGCUUUCCAGCACGAUGCGACAUGAUCAAAGAAGAAAUGCAGAAACUAAGCCAAGGACUCACGAGUAGGUCCCUGCCCCCCGCUUUGGGCUCGCUAUUGAUCGAGAUGCUCGCUAUUCACUCUGGCAGAUUGACUCUAGAUGGCAGUAGUACUGCCGUUGACCUUUCUCAGGCUUUGGAGCGGAAGAUUGGAUCGAAUCAAUUUGAUUGGAAGAGGCGGAAUAAGAUUGAUCGGAAGGGUCAACUUAUUGUUCGGUAUGCCCAUCAGAUCUUUGUUAGAUUAAACCAGGCAGUUCCGCGCUGCCAGUGUCUUCAGUGUGUUAGGCGGACACUCCCUGGUGUUACGAAGAAGGAUUGA